GACAGUCUGUGCGUUGAAACUGGAAGCCUUUAAGAUUCUCUUCUAAGUGGAUAAUCUUAAACAUGUGUCUCCUUUUCUUGGUUCAUUUUUUAUGGAAGAAAAUGUUUAUAGUUACACUUACAAAGGAACUUUUAUCUUCAUUUAAUAAGAUGGCUUGAUUUGAUUCACCUUUUCCACACUAUUUUAUUUUAUAAGAUAAAAUACAUAGAUCAAGUUUGGGGGUCCUAAAAUCUAAGGUUAGAUUCUUUGAUUCCUCUAGCCCUACAAAGAACAAAAAGAAUCUGCCAAUCUCACUACACCCUACUCAAAAAAGGAAUAGGAAAAGAAAAAGAAAAAGAAAAAGAAAAAGAAAGAAAGAAAAUUUAAGAAAAAAAUUAAAGUAAGAAAGACCUAUUUGGUUAUCCCUUUCAGUCACCAAAAGAAAUAAAUCCAUUAUAGCUACUCUUAUCACAAAAUUACUAAUACUUCUUCCAAGUUUCUAAGGAGUGUUGAGAAAGUUGAACCCAUUAUUCAUCAUGGUGGGGCUAACCUAACUCAGCAGGGAAUCAAAACAGAGAGAAAAGAGAAGUGGGAAAACAGCAAGAGCAAGAUAAAAACAAACCAUACACUUUUCCUCUUUUCUCUCCUUUUAAGAAGACUCAAUUUGAAACUGUGUUGCUUUCUCUGUUUUUCCUGCAUCAUAGAUUCUUUCCCACCCUCUCCUCCUCCCCCUUUCUUUCAAGUCAAAGAAAAAAUAAGAAACAAAUAGAAAUCUAUUUUCUUUCUUUCUCUUUUUUUUUUUUUUUUUCUUAAAAUAAAGAAAAGGAAAAGUUAAGUAAUGAAAUGAAGAAGUAGCCACAGGCCACAGCUAGCUCAAUGGGCAUAUAUUCCCCUUACAACAUUACCCCACUUAAUGUUUCCAGAUAUGGAGUGAUAACAUAGGACACAACACAAUACACACAAACACACCCCCCAACAACUCCAAAAUUUAUAAAGAGAAGGACACCAGCUGCCACUUAUUCAAUUCAAACCUUACCUCAUAAAAGAAAGAAGAAGAAAAAGAAAAGGGUCACCAUUCACUACCCAUAAUAAAUUUUUUAUGUUUCAUUACGAUUACUACUUGUCUUUCAUCCACAACAAAUACUGAAAAAUGGGUCUCCAAGAUUUGCAAAAUCAAAAUAUGAACUUGGUUUUAUCUACUGAUGCAAAACCUAGGCUUAAAUGGACACCUGAGUUACAUCAAAGAUUUGUUGAAGCUGUCAAUCAACUUGGAGGAGCAGACAAAGCAACACCAAAGAGUCUGAUGAGGGUGAUGGGAAUUCCUGGACUUACUUUGUACCAUCUGAAGAGCCAUUUACAGAAGUACAGGCUGGGAAAGAGCCAGCUGCUGCACUCACAGUCUCCAUCACAAUCACAGUCACAGGCCAGCAUUGAGAAUAAGCAAGAAGCUUCCUUCCAUGCAGAUUACAAAGAGAUCCAAAGUACUAAUUGCGAAUUAAAAGCAGGAAUUGCUGAGGAAAUUCAAAAUCCAACUAAUGAAAGCUUUCAGAUUGCUCAGGCUCUCCAAAUGCAAAUGGAAGUUCAGAGAAAACUUCAUGAACAGAUUGAGGUGCAGAGACAUUUACAACUGAGAAUAGAGGCUCAAGGGAAAUACUUACGAUCAGUAUUAAAAAAGGCACAAGAAACACUUUCUGGUUAUAAUCCUUCUUCUGCAAUGGGAAUAGAAAUUGCGAAAGCUGAACUAUCUCGAUUAGUGUCAAUGGUUAACACGGGAUGUUCAAGCUCUUCAAUUUCAGAAUUGACAGAAAUAGGAAAUUCAAUCUUGAAUGAUACAACAGACAAGAAUCAAAUGAUCAGAAGAGGGACAGUCUGUUCAGCGGAAAGCUCCUUAACAUCAUCUGAAAGCUCUGGAAGAAAGGAGGAUGAUAUGCAACAAAAGAAUGAGAUAGGUGCCACCAAUAAGUCCAUUACUACUUCUCUUGAGCUUCCUUUGAUGGAUGCUCACCCCCAAGACAAGUCAUGGAAUAAUAAUAAUAAUAACCAUAAUAACAAUACUUAUCAGCCAACCAAUCAAGCAAAAAAGAGAAGUAGCACUACAAUAAGUUCUGAUGGUAUCUGUGUACAGCAGCCAAUUGCGAAAAGAUCAAGAAAUGGCGAGCAACUAAGAAUAUUUGAUCUCAAUAGCCAAUAUCAGAUUGACUUCGAACCAGGGUCAACAAGAGCUAUAGACUUAAAUUGCCAGGGAUUUUGAGCAAGUCUAGAGUUCUUGGGAGCUUUAUACUGUUAAGGGUUUUAGUAAAUAAUAUAUAGUACUCUAUGAAGCAGUAGCAAAGUUAAUUAAUGUUAAACUAAAAUCUUUGUUUAUAAACUAUGUAUACAUUGGUAUA